UGGGCUCUGGAGGCCGCCGCCAUGCCGCUGCUCUUCCUGGAGCGUUUCCCCUGGCCCAGCCUCCGUACCUACACGGGCCUCAGCGGCCUGGCCCUGCUCGGCACCAUCGUCAGCGCCUACCGCGCCCUCAGCCAGUCCGAGGCCGGGCCCGACGAGCCGGACCUGCUAACGGCCCCGCCGGAGGAGUCGUCGGCUCCCGCCCGGCCGGGCGUCGGGGGCCCGCGGGCCCGGGACGUGGCCCAGUACCUCCUCUCGGACAGCCUGUUCGUAUGGGUCCUGGUAAACACUGCUUGCUGUAUUUUGAUGUUGGUGGCUAAACUAAUCCAGUGCAUUGUGUUCGGUCCACUUCGAGUGAGCGAGAGGCAGCACCUUAAAGACAAGUUCUGGAAUUUUAUUUUCUACAAGUUCAUUUUCAUUUUUGGUGUGCUGAAUGUCCAGACGGUGGAAGAGGUGGUCAUGUGGUGCCUUUGGUUUGCUGGGCUUGUGUUUCUGCACCUGAUGGUUCAGCUCUGCAAGGACCGAUUCGAAUAUCUUUCCUUCUCACCCACCACUCCGAUGAGCAGCCACAGUCGGGUCCUGUCGCUGUUGAUUGCUAUGCUGCUCUCCUGCUGUGGAUUGGCAGUGGUCUGUUGCAUCACAGGCUACACUCAUGGGAUGCACACGUUAGCGUUCAUGGCCGCAGAGUCUCUUCUUGUAACAGUGAGGACUGCACAUGUGAUCUUACGUUAUGUGAUUCACCUGUGGGACCUGAACCAUGAAGGGACCUGGGAAGGAAAGGGAACAUAUGUCUAUUACACGGAUUUUAUCAUGGAGCUGACUCUCUUGUCCUUGGACCUCAUGCACCAUAUUCACAUGUUGUUGUUUGGCAACAUCUGGUUAUCCAUGGCCAGCUUGGUGAUCUUUAUGCAGCUACGCUAUCUGUUCCACGAGGUACAACGUCGAAUCCGUCGACACAAGAACUAUUUACGUGUGGUUGGAAACAUGGAAGCCAGGUUUGCAGUUGCGACCGCAGAGGAGCUGGCUGUCAAUAAUGAUGACUGUGCCAUCUGCUGGGACUCCAUGCAGGCUGCGAGGAAGCUGCCCUGUGGACAUCUUUUCCACAACUCCUGCCUUCGUUCCUGGCUAGAACAAGACACUUCCUGCCCAACAUGCAGAAUGUCUCUGAAUAUUGCUGACAAUAAUCGUGUGAGAGAUGACCAUCAAGGAGAGAAUCUGGAUGAGAACUUGGUGCCCGUGGCGGCAGCUGAAGGCCGACCUCGCUUAAACCAACAUAAUCACUUCUUCCACUUUGAUGGGUCCCGGAUUGCAAGUUGGCUGCCAAGUUUUUCUGUGGAAGUGAUGCACACCACCAACAUUCUUGGCAUUGCUCAAGCAAGCAACUCCCAGCUUAAUGCAAUGGCACAUCAGAUUCAAGAAAUGUUUCCCCAGGUUCCAUACCACUUGGUGCUGCAGGACCUCCAGCUGACACGUUCAGUUGAAAUAACAACAGACAAUAUUUUAGAAGGACGGAUUCAAGUACCUUUUCCCACACAGCGGUCAGAGAGCAUUAGACCUGCUCUGAACAGUCCCGUGGAAAGGCCAGCCAGUGAGCAGGAGGAGGGAGAAGCCUCUACUCAGACUGAGCGUGUGCCACUGGACCUCAGUCCUUGGCUGGAGGAGGCGAUGGACUUCAAUGAGACCGAUGUGGAGCCCAGCGAGGUGGAAGACUUUGAGGCUCGGGGAAGCCGUUUCUCCAAGUCCGCUGACGAGAGACAGCGUAUGCUGGUCCAGCGCAAGGAUGACCUCCUGCAGCAGGCUCGGAAGCGUUUCUUGAACAAAAGUUCCGAAGAUGACUCAACCUCGGAGAGCUGUCCCCCUCUGGAAGGCACGUCCUCUGACCCCGUGACCCUCCGUCGAAGGAUGUUGGCAGCGGCUGCCGAGCGGAGACUUCAGAAACAGCAGACGUCCUAG